GUGCCUCACAAAAUAUACGCACAUAUAUUUUGAAUAGGAAUUCAGCUUGAAAAUAGAAACAAAUUGGGAAUAUGACAGAAGAAGUCGCACCAGGUGAAGCCAAAUCUUCAAAAAUCAAUCCGUCAUCAGAUACUGAUGCGAACGUGCCCUACUCGCAACGCGAAUUUGAGUUGCUGUACAAGGAGAUUUGUUUGGAUCGAAAGAAAAAGGAAGAUUGGCGCGACGACAGUCGUCAUCCGAGUUAUACGAAUUUCGUUGUGCCUUAUCAUUUCAAGUGUCGUGAUCGUUAUCACAACACCAAAAAGGAGUAUGAAGAACAAUUCCAACAUGAAAUCAAUCAAUUAAUGAAUAAUUUGAAUACUGCUUACGAAGUGGCACGAUUUAAUCGCCAUCUGUGUAUUACGUCCCUUUGGCCACCGUUGCACAAUCGUGCCGAACUUCUUCACACUCAGCGAUAUUAUUUCCGUUUAAAGCCAAAAGAGCAUCAACGCUUGAAUCAGAUUUUCAAUACGAAAAUUCACUAAACCGUAAUGGGCUUUCAGUUAAGAACAUAUUAAAUCACAUAAGUGAUUUUCAUGUAAUAAUGUAACAUACAAAAAUUAAUAAAAAAUCUUUUAAUUACCCGCUUGUA